UAGAAUGGUCGCAACGUUCGCUAGCGCGCCGAUUCGGAUGCAAAUACGAGCAUAAUCAAUACACGCGCGGUAUGCGAUUUGUCAUUACUGUCUUCGAAAAGCGGCAGCUCAACUUGAGUGGCAAGGCAAACACACUACACCCCUGAAGCACGGUUAAGUAUAAACAGAAAUGAGGCCGUCAUUUCGAGUGCUGGAAAUUCUCUGUAUUCAUCUGUUUUUGCCUAAACAUGGAACGACAACCAAGUACGACAGAAACGAGGCUUGCCUUAAGCCGCCUACGAAGAACUGCAGUAUCGUCGAGUACAAAUGGAGUUUCAUUGAAGAAUUGAAUGGCUGCUACCAAAAUUAUGUGUGCUCAGACAGCAUAAACAACUUCGACGAUAAGUUCAAGUGUGCAAGGGCGUGUCCACCACUUUGGCGGCCUUUGCCUCCAAGAAAACGGAAGACGUGCAGUGACUGGCUCCAGGGGUCUCCGUGUUACCAAUUCUGGUGGAGAUAUUAUCCCGACGUCCAUGGAUUUCUCCGUUUGUACAUGCUUUAUACUGGGUGCGGAGAAUGGAGGAAUAAGCUGUAUGUCUACGAUACAUGGAAGCAGACUUGUCAAGGUGUCGAUGCACGGAACAGUUCUUGCGACAUACCACCGACAGUAGAGCACUGCAGCAUUGUGCAUCGAAAGUGGAGCUUCGUGCGCGAGUCCAAUGGGUGUGAAAUAACCUAUGUCUGCUCUAAUCACCCCAACAGAUUCCACACAAAAGAGGAAUGUGUGGCAACUUGCCCAAGCCUUACAGAUCUCACACCUCUACCACGAGAUGACUGCUCAUAUUGGAUCAAAAAUUUAGACCAGUGCAUGUUCAAACGAGAGACCUUCUAUCCUGACCGUCGCGGGCGAAGACAGCCUACAUUACUAUACAGGUUCUGUGGAGAAAACAACACGAAAUUAUAUGCUUACUACUUCAGAAGUGGUCAUUGUGCAGAAAUUGUGCUGCGGAGAUGGUGAUCAAGAAAUAAAUUUAGAGCUGAAGAAAAUUAUAAAAUAUUUUACUUCCCUCCAAGUGUAAAUUUGAUAAAGUGCAGCAAGUGGACAUCAAGGAGUAUAACCAUUUUCUGCUUUGCUUAAUAAACCCUAUUUACCUCAAUUAUCAACAAAAUAAUAAAAAGUUACUUCUAUGAAAUAC